AUGUUUUCACGUACAAUUACUCAUGGAUCAAGACAUGGCUUCAAAAUAUCUUCUUCGUCUUUUUUCUUUUGUUGUCAAAAAUCUACAACAAAUUUCUCGGCUCCAUCCACAGUCAGUGUUUCUUCUGAUCACCUACCACCAAUUAAAUUAGACAGUGAAGAAGUGAUUCCUGAACAUGGCACGGGAUUUUAUAAAAUGGUUGAAUUAUUUUAUGAUCGUGCUGCAGGCUUAUUAGAAGAUAAAUUAGUUGACGAAAUGAGAAAAUCAAAAUUGACAACUGAACAAAAACGUAUUAAAGUACAAGGAACAUUAAGAAUGAUUAAACCACCAAAUUAUGUAUUAGCAAUCACAUUUCCAGUACGAAGAGAUAACGGGUAA